UUCGUCAUGCUUUGUGUCCUGUCCUCUCUUUCUUGUUUUUGCACAUGCUAUGUUCCUCCCCCCCGCCCUUCUCCCCCCCCCCCUUUUCUUUCUUUGCGCAUGCUAUGUUGUUGUUGUUGUUGUUGUUGUUGUUGUUUUUAAAUUCUGGUUCUCCUAUUAUUUGAGAUUUACUGACAAUGGCAGUUUUGGUUGUAUCAUGUUUAUGUGCCAUCAGGUGGAUGGGGAUGGGAGUUCUGAGGAAGCAGUUUUGGAGAUUGUAAGACUACUUCCUGCAAAUGCGGCCUUGCCCAGUGUAGCAGAAGGGGGCACACAUGUAGAAUGGUCGAGAGACAAUACAGAGAGGCAGGAGACGCACAUCCGAAAUGAUAACGAUGACGAUGAUGAUGAUGUUGAUGAUGAUGAUGACACACGUGUAGAAUGGGCUGGAGACAUGACUGAGGGUGAGGAGACGGGCGUCCCAAACGAUGCUGAGGAUGAUGAUGAUGAUGAAGACGAUGAUGAGGACGACGAGGAUGUUGAGAUUGAAGGCAACUGCAAAGGUGUUGACAGUACAGCACCUUGUGUCAAGACCAAGAGAAUACAAACUGAGGAGGAGAAGAGGUUGUCCAAAGGUGUUUGCCAAUAUGGGUGUCCUCAUUACAAGAGGCGGUGCAAAAUCCGGGCGCCAUGCUGCAACGAGGUGUUUUGGUGCCGCCACUGCCACAAUGAUGCCAAGAAUGUGAGUGGACCAAAGAGGCAUGAGAUCCUUCGGCACCAAAUACAAAAGGUUAUAUGUGCCCUCUGUGAAACUGAACAAGAGGCUGCACAGGUGUGCAUCAACUGCGGUGUCUGCAUGGGUGAAUACUUCUGCAGCAAAUGCAAGUUCUUUGAUGAUGAGGCAAGGGGACAAUACCACUGCGACGGUUGUGGACUCUGCCGGGUUGGAGGAAAGAGCAACUUUUUCCACUGUGAUCGCUGCGGAUGUUGUUACACAAAAGCUAUACGGGAUGACCACCGGUGCGUUGAGCGGGCGAUGCAUCACAACUGCCCUGUCUGCUUUGAGUAUCUUUUUGAUUCCAUCAUGCAGACCAGGGUGCUCAAGUGCGGCCACACCAUCCAUGAGCAGUGUUUAAAGGAAAUGGAAAGGCAUAACAGGUAUGCUUGCCCCAUGUGCUCGAAGUCUACCUGCGACAUGAAACUUGUAUGGCAGUCACGUGAUGAAGAGAUUGCCCUAACUCCAAUGCCAGUUGAAUACCAAAACAUGAAGGUUUGCAUUCUCUGCAAUGACUGUAGCGCCAGAAGUAAUGUGAACUUCCAUAUUCUUGGUCACAAGUGCUCGACUUGUGGAUCUUACAACACACGGCGUGUGGCCGGGUCGGAUCAUUAAAUUGGAAGGACUUAUGGCCAAGUAGACUCAGCAAAGAAGCAGACCUUUUCUGUGCUUGAUCAAGGGUAUUAUAUAUUUAGGCAUUCGAACGUCGAAAUUAUUUCUUUGACUCUUUUCCAUGCCCACGUCUUCCCCACCAUUUCACCUCUUCCCUAUUUUUCCCUGAUCGCGGUGCUGUGCUAUCACCUCUUUGUCAGGAGUCAGGACUUAACACUGCUACGGUUUAUCUGUUGUCGAGCUGCUGCCGCCGCUGCUCGUUGGAAGCUCUUUUCUUUUCUUUUCUUCUCUCUUUUUCCCUCCUAUCUUCUCUCUUCUUUUCUCUUCUCUUCUCUUCUCUUCUCUUCUCCUCUUCUCUCUUCUUCCCUCUUCUUCUCUUUUCGUGCUACCUAUCAAGUAACAUGUUGUGAUCCUCUACUAUGAUUGUUCUGCGUGUCUUUCGCUCCUUUCUCUUGAAAGGUUGGAAGCAUGAGGAAAAGGUGGUUGGUGGUGGAUUUCAAAUGUAGUUCUUGCCGGUAGCACAGCUGCAGCGCACUGCAGUGGUUUGCUGUUCACAGAUACUGACCGAAUGGCCGUGCAUGCAAUGGCCGUGCAUGCAGAUAGACUGUGAGUUGUUCAUCAUUGUUGUGGAUGGUUAUGGCUCACCUUGGCCUAUUCAUUGCAUAUGAGUUUGAGUCGACACACUGAUGUCCCUUAGGGGAUGAUUAGCCCUGAAGUCUUUGAGACCUUGGAAAUCAUGCAAAUCAUACAUAGUGAACUACCCCAUAGGAAAAGGUGGUGGAGAGGGGCAUAAAGUGCAAGCGUGCAUAUGCAUGUGUGUGAGACAAACAUAGCAACAGAUCAGGGUAUGUGUGUGCAAAAGAGAGAGAGAGAGAGAGAGAGAGAGAGAGAGAGAGAGAGUUUCCCAAAGAGUCAAUUAUUCAUUGCAUGCUGGCAUGCUUGUGCAUUGUGAGCUUGGAAGGGGGUGGGAGGGUGUGGAUGGGUGGGUGGAUAGGUGUGGGGGUUUGCGAGAGAGAGAGAGAGAGAGAGAGGAGUUAAUUAUGUCGUGCAUGUUUGUCCACCACAGCCUUUCUUCCCAAGGUUAUGUAAUGGCGAGAGGUGAGGUGGAAAGCGAGGGAGAUACUGCGUGUGUGUGUGUGUGUGUGUGUGUGUGUGUGUGUGUGUGUGUGUGUGUGUGUGUGUGUGUGUGUGUGUGNGAGAGAGAGAGAGAGAGAGAGAGAGAGAGAGAGAGAGAGAGAGAGAGAGAGAGAGAGAGAGAGAGAGAGAGAGAGAAGUGGCACGCAGAGGCAGGAUGGCAUUGCAAGGCUUUCUGUAUAUAAUCUCACACCUCGGAUUUGCCACGCAGACACAAUUACCUAUUUGUUUAUAUGGUAUGGUACGUGUAGAUGGUCCAGCUUUGCUGGAUGCAUAAGGCUGGCAAAUGGCUCAGUAAGAAAGCACAGCUGGUUACAGCAGCCUCUGUCAUCAGAUGGUGAUGAAUCUCCUGUUGUAGAUAUCUCUGACAUCUUUUUCCCUUUUUCUUUUGGAGUGCAGAGUAGAAUAUCCACUGGGUUGGAAAUUGACUCACAAGGUAGAAAUCAGGGUGGCUAAAGGUGGCUAAAGGUCUAGCAGUCGAACAAUCAUUGAGGCUGAUCAAAUAUGUUAUUCACCAUACACAAGGUAGAAAUCAGGGUUGUGCAGUUUGCCUUGUGAAAUGGUGGAAUUUGCCACAGCUUGGCAGCAGCUUUGGGGUAACACUGAUAUGUGCUUACUGUUUUCGUUUCUGGCCACGACUCACGAGCCAUUUCAUACUUAACCAUUAUAUCAUUAACCAUUAUCUGUAUUGAAGGUGUUCUAUCUUUUACUUUCUAGUUAUUUGAACUUAUUUCCUAUGUUGGGCAGUCGCCCGGCCCGGCCCCGGCCCAGCAUGCGCGGCCAGGCACGGCCGGACCAGUUGGGCAGAGUGGGGGUCGCCCGGCAAAACCAGAC